UUUCGAUUGAUAAGCGAAAUAAGUGUGGACUGUGGAUUGUGGAAGCGUAGAACAGACUGAACAGAGUAAUAACUUAUUAACUAAUAAUUAAACGGCCAUAAAAAUAUAAUAAGUAUUUUAAAGCCAAGUUGUUUCUUAAUAAUUUCCGUAAUUAUAAGUCAAUCGACAAAAAACGAUUUGUCGUUAAUUGACGAUAACCCGGGCUGAACGCUGCUCGAUAUUCUAAUCCCCCAGUUAUUAAAAUAUUAGUACAUUACGUAACGUUAUUAUGUUCGAUCUAUCUACUUUCUCUUUACCACCAGUUCAUUAAAUGACGACAGUGUUCUUAAACAAUACGUGGGUACCUGUACUCCGUUGCAUAUCUAAAUAUUCGACUAAGCGUAUAAGGAAAAUGCCAAGUUUAUUAACUAAAGAAGAGAGAGUAGAAUUACUCCAGCCAUUAUUCUCUAACCAAUGGUCAUUAGUGAAAGACAGAGAUGCCAUUUACAAGGAAUUUUUAUUCUCCGACUUUAUUCAAGCAUUUGGAUUCAUGACUCAAGUAGCAUUGAAAAGUGAAAAAAUGAACCAUCACCCUGAAUGGUUUAAUGUAUACAAUAAAGUACAAGUUACAUUAUCCACACAUGAUGUAAGUGGUUUGUCCUCAAACGAUAUUAAUCUUGCUACAUUUUUGGAUAAAACAGAAAAAAGCAUUAAAGCAUCUUCAUAAAUUAUUAAUGUAAUCUCUAUGUAAUAAAUAUAAAUUUUAUGUAAAAAAAAA